AUGAGCGAAAUCCUCGUAAUAACCUGUCCAGGCGGCAGACAAACCUCCCAACUAAUCCCCCUCCUCUACAACAACCCCCGUUUCAAACUCCGCCUCGCAGCACACACUCCCACAUCCACCUCCCACCUGCAAACAACAUACCCAAACGCCCAAGUCCAACAAUGCGACACCACCUCUCUACCCGACUGUCUCACUCUCCUCACAGGCGCAACAGCAGUCUACCACGUCGGCCCCUCCCUACACUCGCACGAAGCCGAAAUCGGCCUCAACAUGAUUGACGCCGCCGUAGCCGAGUCCCAAAAGCCAGAUUCCUUAUUCAAGCACUUCGUCUACUCCAGCGUGCUAGGCACACAGCACAGAAAUCUAAUGCAGCACGAUCUCAAAAGCCGAGUUGAGGAGCGACUGCUACUCAGUCCGCUCAACUAUACCAUCCUCCAGCCGACCAAUUUCAUGGACGUUUACCCAGUCGCCACCAUUGCAGCCUUACACGAUGACGAAGUAGAGUAUCAGUGGAACCUCUUCAAUCCGCAUAUCGCGAAUAGUGUCAUCGCACUGAAAGAUCUUGCUGAAGCUGCGGCGCGCGUGCUGCUUGAGCGGGAAGCGCACUAUCUAGCGCAAUACCCACUCUGUUCGACGCUGCCAAUAUCGAAUGUUGAUGUUAUAAAGAUCAUUGCCAGACGGCUGGGGAAGAAAAUUACUGUCCCGACACCCUCGAUUGAAGAGGGUGUUGAUAAGGCGCUGGAUCUGUUGUACGGUGGGAAGCAGAACGGGGUUUAUUCCGGGGAGCAGGUGGAUGGGGACUUGAGAUGGCCGGCAGCGCAGGGGGAUUUGCGGCCGGAUAUUACGAGGGAUGAGGCGGAGAGGCUUGUGCUGUUUUAUAGUCGGCGUGGGUUGAAGGGGAGCCCGAAUGUGUUGAGGUGGUUGCUUGGGAGGGAGCCUACCAGUGUGGAGGCGUGGAUUGAGGGGGAGUUGAAUGGCAAUGCUGAGUGA